UGGCGAAAAAAAAAGAAAAAGAAGCAAAAAGAAUGUGUGAGGUGGUUGAAAGUUGAAACAAAGGGGAAGCUUUGCUUGGAGGCAAAGAGGACUCUGCAACCAACGACAUUCCUCCUAAUAUUGCACACACCAUAUUAGUAGGUAGGGAAAGAUAGAGAACCAGAUGUUGAUACACGAGGAUACUAACACUUCCCUCAUUAUUCCUUAAAAAGAACUCUUCCAUGUACUAAUACUUCAGUCCUGUUCCUAGUUUUCCAUCACUCUCUCUAGCUGAUCUCUGCCAUGGAAGCCAGUGCCGGACUUGUCGCCGGCUCUCAUAACCGGAAUGAGCUUGUCGUCAUUCAGGGCCAUGAAGAGCCUAAGCCCUUGAAGGAUUUAACUGGUCAAGUAUGUGAGAUAUGCAAUGAUGAAAUCGGUUUAACAGUUGAUGGAGAUCUGUUUGUGGCUUGUAAUGAGUGUGGUUUUCCGGUGUGCCGGCCAUGUUAUGAAUAUGAGAGGAGAGAAGGCAGCCAACUUUGCCCUCAGUGCAAGACGAGAUACAAACGACUCAAGGGGAGUCCAAGGGUGGAAGGAGAUGAUGAUGAGGAAGACAUUGAUGACAUUGAGCACGAAUUCAACAUUGAUGAUCAUCAGCGAAACAAGAACACACAAAUUGCUGAAGCGCUACUUCAUGGCAAGAUGAGUUAUGGAAGAGGACCUGAAGAUGAAGAAACUGCUCAAUACCCUCCUGUCAUUGCUGGUGUCCGCUCUCGGCCUGUAAGAAAAGAAAACAUAAUCUUGAUACCUGAAAGGGUUUUUCAUUUUUAUGCAUCAAAUUUAUACAUUUGUCCCUUAUUUUGUUGAAUGUAAACAAUCAUCAUGAUUCAUGAGCGAUCAAUGCUUGAUGCAGUAAACAGUUUCCAAAUUAGGUUCAGUGAGACACUCGUUUUCUUAUGGAAUUUGAAUGAAAACCAAUUCCUUAUUCAUGCAUGCAGGUGAGUGGUGAAUUUCCGAUAUCUAGUCACGCCAAUGGAGAGCAGAUGUUGGGUGGUUCUCUACACAAACGAGUACAUCCAUAUCCAUCCCCUGAGCCUGGUAAUUUAUUAAGCUCAAACAAAUACUACUACUUAGGAUCAUAGAGACGUGCUAUUAGUUGGUAUCCUACAAUUCAUUAAGCUGCAAUACAGGAAGUGCAAGAUGGGAUGAUAAUGAAGGUGGAGGCUGGAAAGAAAGAAUGGAAGAUUGGAAGAUGCAUCAACAAGGAAAUCUAGGAGCAGAAUAUGAUGAAUCUGCGGAUCCGGACAUGGCCAUGGUAGAUGAAUCAAGACAGCCAUUGUCAAGGAAAGUACCAAUUGCAUCAAGCUUGAUAAAUCCUUACCGGAUGAUCAUUGUGACUAGGCUUGUGGUCCUCGCAUUUUUCCUCCGUUAUAGAAUUCUUAACCCUGUGCAUGAUGCACUUGGACUGUGGCUUACUUCAAUCAUAUGUGAGAUCUGGUUUGCCUUCUCAUGGAUUCUUGAUCAGUUUCCCAAGUGGUUCCCGAUCAAUAGAGAGACUUAUCUGGACCGCCUUUCUCUCAGGUAUGAGAGGGAAGGUGAGCCUAAUAUGCUAGCUCCAAUAGAUGUCUUUGUCAGUACAGUUGAUCCAAUGAAGGAACCUCCACUUGUUACAGCAAAUACAGUUCUUUCAAUACUGGCAAUGGACUACCCAGUUGACAAAAUCUCGUGCUACAUAUCUGAUGAUGGAGCCAAAAUGUGUACCUUCGAAGCUUUAUCAGAAACUGCAGAAUUUGCUCGGAAGUGGGUUCCAUUCUGCAAGAAAUUUUCCAUCGAGCCUCGUGCACCUGAGAUGUACUUUUCUCUCAAAAUUGACUAUUUAAAGGACAAGGUGCAGCCAACGUUUGUUAAGGAGCGUAGAGCGAUGAAGAGGGAGUACGAAGAGUUUAAGGUCAGGAUUAAUGCACUGGUGGCUAAAGCCAUGAAAGUUCCUGCAGAGGGGUGGAUCAUGAAAGAUGGGACACCAUGGCCAGGAAACAACACUAAGGAUCAUCCCGGCAUGAUUCAAGUCUUUCUAGGACAUAGUGGAGGCCCUGACAUUGAAGGUAAUGAACUACCAAGGCUUGUUUAUGUUUCUCGUGAGAAGAGGCCUGGUUUCCAACAUCACAAAAAAGCUGGUGCCAUGAAUGCCCUGGUUCGUGUCUCUGGUGUUCUUACCAAUGCACCAUUCAUGCUGAACUUGGACUGUGAUCACUACAUAAACAACAGCAGAGCAGUGAGAGAGGCAAUGUGCUUUUUGAUGGAUCCCCAGCUUGGAAAGAAGGUUUGCUAUGUCCAGUUUCCUCAAAGAUUUGAUGGGAUUGACAGACAUGAUCGAUAUGCAAACAGAAACACAGUCUUCUUUGAUAUUAACAUGAAAGGGCUUGAUGGUAUCCAAGGUCCUGUUUAUGUUGGCACAGGAUGCGUCUUCCGAAGACAAGCUUUAUAUGGCUACGACCCACCAAAGGGUUCCAAACGCCCCAAAAUGGUGAGCUGCGACUGUUGUCCUUGUUUUGGAAGAAGGAAGAAGCUUCCCAAAUACAGUAAACACGGAGUGAAAGGAGACACUGCAGUUCAAGGAUAUGAUGAUGAUAAGGAAAUACUGAUGUCUCAAAUGAAUUUCGAGAAGAAAUUUGGCCAAUCAGCAAUUUUUGUGACUUCUACCUUGAUGAUUGAUGGAGGCGUACCACCAUCCUCCAGCCCAGCUGCCCUGCUCAAAGAAGCUAUACAUGUGAUCAGCUGCGGUUACGAGGACAAAACAGAAUGGGGUACUGAGUUGGGUUGGAUUUAUGGCUCUAUCACUGAGGAUAUCCUGACAGGAUUCAAGAUGCACUGUCGGGGUUGGAGAUCAAUAUACUGUAUGCCUAAAUUAGCAGCAUUCAAGGGGUCUGCCCCAAUCAAUCUAUCCGAUCGUCUGAACCAGGUGCUUCGAUGGGCUCUUGGUUCUGUUGAGAUCUUCUUCAGCCGACACAGUCCUGUCUGGUAUGGUUACAAAGGAGGAAACCUCAAGUGGCUUGAGCGAUUUGCAUACAUAAAUACUACUGUCUAUCCUUUCACCUCCAUACCCCUCCUUGCCUACUGUACACUUCCUGCAAUCUGCUUACUCACCGGAAAAUUCAUAAUGCCAGAGAUAAGCACCUUUGCAAGUCUAUUCUUCAUUGCCCUUUUCCUCUCAAUCUUUGCAACUGGCAUCCUUGAGCUAAGGUGGAGUGGAGUCAGCAUCGAGGAGUGGUGGAGAAACGAACAGUUUUGGGUCAUUGGUGGAGUUUCUGCUCACCUGUUUGCAGUUGUUCAAGGUCUUCUCAAGAUUUUAGCAGGGAUCGAUACCAAUUUCACAGUAACAUCUAAGGCCACUGAUGAUGAAGAGUUUGGCGAGUUAUAUGCUUUCAAAUGGACAACCCUCCUAAUUCCUCCGACAACUAUUUUAAUAAUUAACCUGGUUGGUGUGGUCGCUGGGAUCUCUGAUGCCAUAAACAAUGGCUACCAAUCAUGGGGUCCUCUAUUUGGAAAGCUUUUCUUUGCCUUCUGGGUGAUUGUUCAUCUCUAUCCAUUCCUUAAAGGUCUAAUGGGAAAGCAAAACAGGACACCCACUAUAGUCAUCAUCUGGUCAGUACUACUGGCUUCAAUAUUCUCCUUGCUGUGGGUACGCAUAGACCCAUUUGUAUUGAAAACCAAGGGCCCUGAUGUGAAACAAUGUGGCAUCAACUGCUGA